GACUGGGAUGAGAGAAUGCCCUUUUCUAGCUGGCACAAGCUGAAGGAGCUUCAAGAGCAGGGGGAGAUCAGAAUCGUCCAGCUAGGCUUUGACUUGGACGCCCAUGGGAUCAUCUUCACUGAGGACUACAGGACCAGAGUCCUCAGGGCCUGUGAUGGCCGACCAUAUGCUGGGGCAGUGCAGAAGUUUCUGGCUUUGGUACUUCCAGCCUGUGGGGACCUUAGCUUCCAGCAGGACCAAAUGACAGAGACCUUUGGCUUCAGGGACCCAGAGAUCACGCAUCUGGUGAAUGCUGGAGUCCUCACCGUCCGAGAUGCUGGGAGUUGGUGGCUAGCCGUGCCUGGGGCUGGGAGAUUCAUCAAAUAUUUUGUUAAAGGGCGCCAGGCUGUCCUCAGCAUGGUCCGGAAGGCCAAGUACCAAGAGCUACUCCUAUCAGAGCUUUUGGGCCGGCGGGCACCUGCCUCGGUGCGACUUGGCCUCACUUACCACGUGCACGACCUCAUUGGGGCCCAGCUAGUGGACUGUGUCUCCAUCACUUCUGGAACUCUCCUCCGCCUGCCAGAGAUGUGAGGAAUCUGCUCGUCA